AUAUAUGCAUUUUUCUGACUAGAAGAUGUCGGCGCCGAUUUUGGAAACCCUAGCUACACGGUCAUCUCCUCCGCCGGAAAACGGCGUCUUCUACUCUAAAUCGCCGCCGAUCGGACACCACUACACCUUAUCGACUCCUUACCAAGACUAAUCUCCAGAUUUGCAACUACAAUACCACCAAAACAACCCCAAACCCUACAAAAUCGACACUGAAAAAAACCGACGGAAAUUUCUUCGCCGCCUGCUAAACGACGCCUCCGUCGUCGGUUCAACGAAGACGACGGACAGUUGCGGUAGACCACAGCAAAAAUCCUUCUCUUAAGCUACUAAAUCAGAUCAAAAUCGGUUUCUAUUACAGAAUCGGAGAAGGAGUGGAUGACUUUCGAUGAUUCAAAGAAUAGAUCGAAAAUGAAAGACGAUGAAAUAUGCAAGAAGAAGAAGGAUCAAAGGAUAUAGCAGCCAGUUCAGCAAGAAAAUCAGAGGAAAUGAUCCCAAUAGAUUGCAAAUAGAAGUGGCAAAAAAGGCAAAUCAUUGAACACAAAUUCUAAAAUGUGUUGCAGGAACUUCGUGAUCCAGAAUAUGAAUGAGAGAUGGCACUCAAGAUUUCACAGAUGAGGUGCAUCACAGCAAUGACAAAUACAGCAACCGAAAUUAGGAUGGAAGAGCGUUGCUCUGUCAAUAGCCCACGACAGAUUCUGAGCUUCUCCAAGACCCGGGUGGCCAACGUCUCCUUCUCCGACGCUGAUCACCGCUCCCAGACCGAAUUAGGCGAAUUAGGUGUCUCCGGCGAGCACGGCCCCAAACUCUCUGAGGUUUAUGGAUUUGUCGGAUCUAUCACCACUGUUGUUUUUACAGUCAUAUUCAUCGUGUGGGCGUAUGUUCCUGAUCAUUGGUUGCAUUCUAUUGGGAUCUAUUACUAUCCAAGCAGGUAUUGGGCUUUGGCGGUGCCAACUUACGUGAUGGUGACGAUUGUGCUGGCCGUCACAUUUUAUAUUGGCAUGAAUUUUAUGUUAACUCCUCCUCCUACCUCCUUAAAUAUAAUGUUUGAUGAAUUUAGUAGGGAAAUGCUGAGCAGUGUCCCUUUAGUAGAUGAUGACGAGCAGCCAAUUGAGCCUAUAUCUGACAUAGGGAUUAACAAAAUUAACAAAAUCAUGUUCGAAAGCUUCAAAUGAAGGUACCACAACACCACCACCAGCCACCAUUCAAUCAACCUGAUCUGCUUCCUUGACCAAUUGAUGAUGAGUCAGUGACAGAGGUUGUAGUUGUAGGGCUGCUGUGGCUCCUAUUGCAUGUCAUCCUCACUUGGUUUCAAUUUUGGCAUAUCAAAUUCUUGGAGAAAAUUAAUUUUGGUAAAGAUCGGAAAUUUCGUGAAUUUUUAGGUCCAAGAAAAUGUUAUGUACACAGAAAAUUAAAAAUCCAAAAUUUGUUUAUGCUUAAAUUAUUGAACAUAAAAUGGAGUUGUUCAUUAUUUCUA